AUGGCAGUUGCCACUAUUUUAAGUGAUCUUGCACUCCGUGACAAAGAUAACGGAACACUCCUAUUGGCCAAGUAUAGACAACACGACUUGUUAUACGAUGUUAUUAUCGGUAUCAAUAGUCUGGAAGAUUUAAAAACAUGUGGCUGGGAAAUUAUACUUAAGAAAAAUGAACAAAAGCGGGUACUACAAGAACCAACAUCUACAACUACGGAUGGCGUAACCGUUGCAAUUUUGGGCGCUUACAAUCGUGGUAAAAUAUUUUUACUUAGUAAGCUUUGUAACGUUGUCUUUCCUCACAACCAUUUGAUCCAUACGGAAGGUAUAUCUAUUACAGCUGGAGGAAAAGAGUAUAUCGAUAUUGUUUUCAUGGAUACAGCUGGUACAGAUACACCGGUAACAAGCGAGAAACUUGCUCACCAGAGAGCUACUGAAGCACUUCUUCGAGAAGUAGUUGUUCAUCUAAGUUCUUUUAUCAUCAUUGUCGUAAAUCGAUUACGUGCAACAGAUCAGGUAUACAUUGAUAAAGUCUUGGAGCAUUGUAAAUAUCAAGACGAUCGAAAACGCAUCAUAAUUGUUCAUAACUUGGAUGAUAUUGAAACAGCUGCUGAUGUUAACAAAAUAAUAGAAGAAGAAAUCAUGCUUACAUUUAGUGCUUUGAGGCUCGAAAAACAAUUCAGAGUAAACGGUAAAAUCACAAGCACUCUUUGCUAUGCAUCAAAACUUUACAAUUUUCAGUUGAAUCACUUUAUUUUGGCCAAAGAUGGUUCUCAGGCUGCUAACGUAUGGAAUCAAAAAUCUUUGGAUGGUAUCAUGAAUAUAUUACAAGUACCUACAGAGGCGAAAAGGAGUUUUCAUAUAGUCACUGCCAUGCUUACUUUCAUCAACACACGACUUAUACAAUUAUUCGGAAAAAAGCCUGCUGAAAGCGGUGAUGAUCAAGACGAUCUCCAAAUCGUCCAACAUGACAGCCAACCGUAUAUUGUACUUUGUAGCCGAAAGCACCUCCCAGAGCUGAUGAAAGAUCCUCAUCCAAUGGAACUCUCAGGAAAGCUUGUUUAUGAUGAUGGAGGCUAUUUUAUCAAGAAUACAGGUGGUUUAUGGGAACCUCGUAUCAAUUUUUACGAGAACAAGGAUGGGAUUCGAUUAUUUCUUGAACUUUCGGGUUUUAAAAAAGGUGAACUCGAUACUGCCAUAGCAGAAACUGGCAUUACCAUAAAUGGUAGUCGGAAUGACUUUGGAGUACAAGCCGUUGAUAUUAUUCAUAUAUCACAAAUUCCUGGCAAAUUUACACUGAAUAUCCCUUUUAAACAUGCGGUCGAUGUUAGCACGGUGAAGUCGGAGCGUCAUGAAGGUAUAAUCUAUAUUACAGCUCUCAAAAAAAAUUUGGAUGGUCUAAAAUGA